UUGCUAUUCAUCCAUGGUUCAACCAAGGUUGAGCUUUAUGAAGGACCGUUUAAUAUCCCCUAUGAUUUAUCUGAUUGUUCAAAUCUAUUGCCAACUUACACUGCGUAUCUGUAUAGGAGACGUGAAGACGACUUGACCGGGCGACAAGUUAUAAUUCAAGAUGCUAGCUCUAGUAUUAUGUAUGAUAGGCCUAUAGAAACUACAUGGAAGGCAGGACCCACAUUCAAGGGAAAGAGUGUGGAGUUUGUGAAGCGCCUAUGUGGUGUUAUCAAGGAUGAACUAGAACUUAUCCUGGAGGAGAAAGUCCGUGAUAUUACCUACAAUUCCAUCCCUGACUCCUUUGACUCUCGUACAAAGUGGCCCAACUGCCCCACUAUUGCAGAGAUUAGAGACCAAUCUUCCUGUGGAUCAAGUUGGGCUUUUGCAGCAGUUGAGGCAAUGUCCGACCGUUACUGUAUCGCCUCCAUGGGCAAAGUGAAUGUACGUGUCUCCGCAGAGGAUCUGGUGACUUGUUGCUCUUCAUGUGGCUUUGGAUGUAAUGGAGGUUACCCAGAAGCAGCCUGGCAGUAUUGGAAAUAUCAUGGUCUUGUCUCAGGAGGAGAGUACAAUUCCAAGCAUGGCUGCCGUCCUUACACCCUCCCAAAAUGUGGCCACCAUGGAAUCCGUGAACCAUACCCCCUUUGUACCCAGCCGUACCCCACACCUGAAUGUGUGAGAAAAUGUGAGGCGGGAUUCCACUUGACAUACGGACAGGAUAAACAUUAUGGAAAGAGUGUAUACACAGUGGGUUCCAGUGUGAAGGAUAUUCAGACUGAGAUCAUGACCAAUGGACCAGUAGAAGCCUCGUUUACUGUUUUCGCUGACUUCCCAAAUUACAAAUCUGGUGUGUACCAGCAUAUGUCUGGCUCUGCUCUAAAGGGACAUGCUGUUAAGAUCCUUGGUUGGGGAGAGGAGAAUGGAACCCCAUAUUGGUUGGCUGCUAACUCAUGGAACCCAACCUGGGGAGAUAAAGGUUACUUUAAGAUCUUGAGAGGAAAAGAUGAAUGUGGAAUUGAAAGUUCGAUCGUUGCUGGAUUACCUCAGUUAUAA